UUUGGCAAAACGUUAAGCAAAGACUCUAUUCUCUCGACAAACACUAUCUGUCGCUCGGAUUCGCUCCAGAGGUCGGUCUCUCUGUCCCUCAAUUCACUCUACAAUUCCUCUCUUCCAAAGGGAACCACGACUUACUUCUCGAAGAACUGCACGAAAGAAGACUCGGAUGUCGUCAACCAAUUCCUCAAAUCAAUUAAUAUGGAUGCCUACAACAGCCGCGUCUUCAAGGACUCGCAAACCAACACUUUUGAGAUCAGAUUCGCGUCCAUUCUGUCCACCGAAGACAAACAGGACUCGGAUUAUCUGCAACUCAAGCAGAAUGAGUUGAAUGGCGCGAAGUUUGUGUUGAGUCGCGGCGAUUACUCGCCUUUGCUUCGUCUGCUCAACAAAUACUUAUCGGACGCCAAAACCUUCGCUCAAAACGAGACCGAAAAGCAGAUGAUUGACCGAUACUUAUAUCACUUCCUGAGCGGAGACCUCAAAGCACACAAAGACGGCUCUCGCUUCUGGAUCAAAGACAAGGGACCCAUUGUCGAGACGUACAUCGGCUUCAUCGAGAACUACAGAGAUCCGGCCGGAAUGCGAGCCGAGUUUGAGGGCUUCGUUUCGAUUGUCAACAAAGAGAUGUCCAAAAAGUUUGAAUCUUUGGUGAAUUCGGCGCCAUCGCUGCUGCCUCUGCUUCCGUGGCCAAAGGAGUUCGAGAAGGACCGCUUCCUUCAGCCCGACUUCACGUCUUUGGAUGUGUUGACGUUCUCGGGGUCAGGAAUUCCCGCGGGAAUCAAUAUUCCCAAUUACGUGGAGAUCCGACAGGACGAGGGCUUCAAAAACGUGUCGCUCGGAAACGUCAUCACCGCGUCGUUCAAAGACCCGAAACCCAACUUCUUGGGCGCAGAGGACGCGAAACUGUUGGAGAAAUACGCCGUCGACUCGUUUGAGGUUCAGGUGGGGCUCCACGAGCUGUUGGGUCACGGAAGCGGAAAACAGUUGCAAAUCGCGGACCAAAAUCCCAAUUUCGACGUCGAAAACACAAUGAAUCCGUUGACGGGCGAGAAAGUGGACAAAUGGUACAAAACGGGCGAAACGUAUGACUCGGUGUUCACCUCUUUGGGCAGUUCUUACGAGGAAUGUCGCGCCGAAUGCGUCGGUCUCUACCUCUGUCUCGACCCCGAAGUCUUGAAUCNGAAUCCGUUGACGGGCGAGAAAGUGGACAAAUGGUACAAAACGGGCGAAACGUAUGACUCGGUGUUCACCUCUUUGGGCAGUUCUUACGAGGAAUGUCGCGCCGAAUGCGUCGGUCUCUACCUCUGUCUCGACCCCGAAGUCUUGAAAAUCUUCGGCUUCUCGGACCCGACAGAGGCGCAGAACGUGGUGUACGUGAACUGGCUUUCGAUGGUUCAGAAGGGUCUUCAGAGCCUCCAGAUGUACAACGCAACUGUUGGGAAGUGGGGUCAGGCCCACUCCCAGGCCCGUUAUGUCAUCACCCGCGUCCUUCUCGAGGCCUCCAAGGAGUUGGUGAACAUCGAGUACAUCGAGAAGUCGCCGACAGACGGAAAGCCCGAUCUUUUGAUUCGCCUCUCGAGCGACCCGCAGCUGAUCCACAGCGUCGGCCGCAAAGCCAUCGGCGACUUUCUGCUCAAACUCCAGGUCUACAAGUCGUUGGGAGACAUAGAGUCCGCGCAACGCAUGUACGACGCCUAUAGCGAAGUGUCGGACCGUUUGGAGCACCCGUUCCUCAAAUACCGAGACAUCGUUUUGGAGCGCAAGAAGCCGCGCAGACUCUUCAUCGAGUCGGCCACCGAACUGGUCGACGGCAAUGUGGUACUCAAGAGCUUCGCGGCCACUCACGAGGGGCUCAUCGAGUCGUUCGGUUCGCAUCUGAAGGACAAAGACGCCGAUAUCGAUGACAUUGUCCUCGAGUUGUGGCGCAAAGACUUCAAACAUUUCUAUUGAUUUAAAGCAAUUAAACAAAUAAUAUAUUUUAUAAUGAAAACAACCCCUGAUUUGGAG